AUGGACACUCAUAGGCCCUCUGAUGAUGUCAUGGACGAGGUGGCCAUGGCCGUCCUCCCUGAACGUGGCCUCGUUAUUUCCGAAAUGAAACAGAUGCAACUGCAGUUGUGCAAGCCAAAGUUGCUGCCCAUCAAGUCCUACUCGCUGGAGAAGCUCGAGAAGAUGGAGAAAAAGUUGGCACGGGAGGCCAAAGAGAAGCGCGACGUGGGCCGAGCACAACGGCAGGCAGCGCUGCUGUGGACCUCGCCAGACCUCACAACCGGCGAAGAAGUCAAAUCAAUCCCUGCGCCGUUGCCACCAGGGAUGGGGACACCAGCACCUCUCCCAAAAGUGGCAUCAUCACCACUGCGAGACGGCUGUGCCACGCCUCCCUCUGCGGCCUCUGCUGCAGCCUCGUCGGCCUCGUCGAGGGGGGCGGUGUCACAGGAAACGCUGAGCUCUUUACCGGAGCACACAGAAGAAGAGGCGGGUGACGACGCCCCCAGUAGUGCACCAGAGUCCAGCUCGCGCAUGCUGUCAAGAACGAACAUCUCUUCUUCCUCCUCUUCGCCGCCGGGGCCUAUGGAAGGCCAUGUGUAG